AUGAGCUACCAAGUCGAGGGCGAGCAAGUCCGGGAUCAGCUGAACGAGGCGCGCAAGGCCAGGGGUUUCUUGAAGCCAAAGGGCAAGAGUAAGGGCAAGCAUGUACAGGACAAGGGCAAUGGCAAUGGCAGACAGAAUCAGCGUAGGCGCAUCUCGAUCGACCAGUUCGAGCUCGCGGCGAAGCGCGCGAAGUGCAAGCAGGCUGGUCAUUGGGCGCGUGAGUGCCCACAGAACCGACAGCAACGGCGCCCUGUCCUUGGAGCAUUUACUAUGCACGCGGCGGGCGGUAGCAACCAGACGUUCGAUAUCAGUGAGCCGAGGCCAGCUGCAUCUGCGACCGGAGGUGCCGCGAAGUUCCUCGUCGGAGCGAUCGGUAUGUCCACCGGGCUCGCCAUCAAUGCGUGGGGGGCCCUUGUGGGCGCGGGCGCUCAGAAGGCAUCGUUGGCGUGGAGCGAGCUGAAGGGGCUCGCUAGCAAGCUGAAGGAGUUCGACCUACAGCCGCGGCGGGUACCGGAUGACGGGCCUCCUCCUCGCGGCAUCGGCGGCGACGCUAAGGUCGUUGGCCCAAUCGUUGGCCCCGCGGAGGUUCUCGUGGGCGCAGCCGGCGUGAGUGGGCUUGUAUCAUUCGGUGUGCUUGACGAGGAGGUGCCUGCGCUGCUCCCAGUCGGUCUCGCCAAGGCGAUGGGGAUGGGUCUCAAGCUGCGCGGAUCUGGCGACCGGGCAUUUUUCCACAGGUCCAUUAUGGUCAUAGAAGCUGCUUUCUCCCAGUCCGUGUGCUCGUCUCUCUCGCGCAUCGGUGGCAUCCAGGAGCAGGUUAGACCUUUCGCUGCGCAUCGGAAGGGGGCUGGGUCAUCUACCGACACGGGAUUCCCCGCGCCCUCCACGAAGAGCAAGCGCCUUCCCGACACCAAGCGCCAGGGCAUCAAACCGAGCUGCGCGCCUGAGGAUUGCAACCACCCCGAGGAGCUCUCGCCCCCAGAGGGCAACGACAAGGGCUACUACGAGGUGUGUAUGAGGCGCGGGGCCCCACGGGAACGAGUCUUUCAAUGCGGCAAGACGGUCAAGGUUGAGCCCGGUUCGACAGCGUUGAAGAUGGAGUUUCCAGUGAAGGCGCAGGUUCCAGCAUGCCCAGCCCACGGGGCGCCCAUGGAGAGGGUGCACGACCGCUACGAGAAGAAGUACGCGUACCUGCGCACGGUUCGGGUUUCGUCGCUCUACUUCGAACGCUUAGAAGACAGCGACGAGACGGGCGCCGUGAUCAUCGUGGCGCCAGUCAACGUGAGCAGCUCCGCGAAUGGCGACCUCUUUGGCGACCAGAUCGGCAGUGGGCGCAUGAACAGCAUCGCGGAUCGGGUCGACUAUAACGACGCAACUGACCGCGUCGAUAUCUUCAAGUCAUUUCCAAAGGACUUCGGCGAGAUUCCCAGGAAGGGCACUGACGUCGCGGAGGUCUACAGCCGACCUCGCGUCACACAACGCUGUGUCCAACGCGGGCUUCAACCUGGAAGCGCGAUGGACCUGGCCGCAGGAUUCGACUUUGCGCUGGACAUAGGCCGCAGGAUGGCGCGAGAGAUCAUCGAGAAGGAGCAGCCGCUGCUCAUCGCCCUCAGCCCGCCGCGCAUGGUGCGGAGCCGCAUCGGGGACUUGUCAAACGACAAGCGCGACCAGGGCGUCGUUAGCAGUGAAGAACGCGAUGGUCUUCAACAUCUAGAGUUCUGCGCGGCGCUCGCUCGGGAACAGCGCGAAGGAGGAGGACUUUUUCAGUUUGGGCAGCCAGCCUGCGCCCGAUCGCGGGGCGCGCCGUGCAUCCAGGACCUGGCCGACACCGACGGGGCCGGCUGGAUCAACGCCGGCAUGCGCGCGCCCGACUUGCACGCCGACGGGGGCGAGCUCGACCGCAAGCCGACAGGCCUUGCUGGCAGCAAGUACACCAGGCUCGCGCAGGAAUGCGCGCCGCAGUUCUGCUGCGCGAUUCUCCUGGGCCUAGUUGGGCACCUCCAGAAGGCCAACAUCGUCAAGCGCGCCGAUUUAAACACCAACGAAGCCAAUAACCAGCCGCGUUUCUUCCAGCACUCGAACACCGUCGCUAAGCUCACCGAGGACUGCGCGCCGCGUGUGGUCGACGGUUCCAUGCAAUCUAUCGCCGAGGACCAGGUGAUUCUCGGAGUGCACCCCGCGCUCGAGACGGUCGACGAGGAGAUGGAGGGCGCGGCGGAAGGCGACAGCCUUGGACCCGAUUUCGGAAACCUAGCCUAG